AUGGCAAAGAAGAAGGCCAUCAUGCAACACGCCAGUUCAGAUCCUACGCCGUGGGGCAACACAAUUUCCAUACAGAAAUUGCCCGAUGAACUCCUCACGCAUAUAUUCUUGCUCUACAAACAGGUGUCCAAGUACCCUCUGUCCGAACAUGCACACCGUUGGCUACGGCUUGAGGAAGAACGUUAUGGCACCGGCCCAAUCCAUUGUGGAGACGGAGCCCGGUGGACCGCUCUGAUGCUCGUCUGCCGCCUCUGGCGCGAGAUUGCGCUCGCCUCCCCAUCUCUGUGGCAGUCGGUCGAUGUGUACUCGGAGAGCACCCUCAAAUGGCUCGAGCUCGCGCUGGUCCGCUCACGCGACACACCUAGGCUCGAGCUCUUCUUCCACAACCUGGACGCGGCGCGCGCUGCACUCCCCUUGAUCCUCCCCCACACACGACGUCUGCGCACGCUCAUCUUGCCUCCGCUUGACCAGAGGCCCGCAGGCUCCGACCGCUGGGAUCACAACGCCAGUCCGGAUGUGACCCCGUUCCUGCCGCUCCUGGCUGGGGUGAUGCCGGUUCUCGAGGAGCUCAUGAUCUCCGUGGACCAUGUAGACCAUACGGGUCGCUUCAAUCGCCCACCUCUCAUUAUAUCGACGUCGCAGCUCCCCUCCCUUCGGGUUCUUCGCCUCGCAUGCGUCUCCUUCGUAUGGAACGCGGACGUCCUUUCAAAGCUGACGACUUUGGACCUCCGCGCCUGCGUUUCCGGCACAGCUGACGAUGACGGCCCGUCAUGCGACCAGUUUCUCGACGUCCUGGAGCGCUGCGAAUCUCUCGAAGACCUCCGUUUGCUGGACAAAUUCGUCUUCAACACCCUUGCGCGUGGCGCCAUCAACGCCGGGACGGCCGAUCCUACCCGGACUCUCCACCUCCCCCGGCUCCGCAAGCUCGUCCUCGCAGACAGUCCACGGGUUACGAAGUGGCUGCUGUCGUGCCUCACGUUUCCGCCAAAGGCUUUCGUCUCCAUCACCGGGUGGCUCCCCGUUGCUGGGCACCUCAUCGCCCAGCUGCAACACAACGCGUUCAGCGACCUGGUGUCGUAUAAAGGGCUGAAGGACCGUUUCUUCCCUACCACCGUUCCUACACACGGCAAUAUCCGCGUAAUGUGCGAGUCGGCCGAGAUCAGCGUGUGGACGUCCGACGGCGCGAAGCUGCGCCUCGAGCUCAAUAACCCCGACGUGCGGGAAUGGGACGCCUACCUGCCGCACGGCCUCCGGGGCUUCCACGCGCUCUUCGACAGCCUGCCCAUCGAGGAGCUCACCAUCAACGGGUUCAUCGACAACGCCCCGGAAUACAUGGACUGGGCGAACCUGCUGCACCAGCUCACGAAGUUGCGCACGCUCGAGGUCAUCGGGCGCGGGCCCGUCCGGCCGCUCUUCCGCGCGCUCAAGGACACGCCGAUACUGGACCUCGGCGAUCCGGACUUGGCCGGGCCCUGGCCGCCGCCGUGCGACAAGCUCACGAAGCUGUCGGUGCAGUACGCGGACUACGUGCGCGGGGACAUCGAGCUCCUGGUCGCGGUGCUGCACCGACGGGCGCAUUUUGGGGCGGCGCGGCUGGACCGGGUGGAGCUGUACAUGGAAACUGAAGACGACGGAGACGGGUUUGCGGAGGAGAUGCGGAUUUACUUGAGCGAGUUGGAGGAGCUUUGUCCGGACAUAUCUUAUAGUGCAGGAUAG